GUUCCUCAAAGGACGCGCGGAGCGUACCUGUCGACGUCACCCUAGAGCAGAAAAAAACGGCCUCUUCUUUUCUGCGCCGAGCGCAGUUCGCCCUUCUCAUUUCAGCACCGGAAACCGUCCGACGCGUACAACUCCGUGCGUCUCGCUCCUGGGACAAGAUAAAAAAAAAAAACAUUUAACGGACCUUGAUCACAAACAAACCUUUACAAUGAGUUAUUGACUCUCUCUUUUAGUCACAAGUAACCGAACUCCAUGGACGAAAUAUAUCCAAAUGAACGUUCUUUAAUUUUUUAACAUUUCCUUUUUGACUGUUGGACUUGUUUGGGGAUAUGUGUGUCGGUUGUUUUUACUUAAUGUAAUGUGGAUGUUACCUGUGUCCGUGGCUGUGGCUGGAGGAUGAGCGCCGGCGUGGGGGUGACAGGGGACGCGACAGUAACUCAUAAUAUGCAGUCAAGUGUGUGCGUGUGCACGUGUGUAUGUGUGUGUGUAUGUGUGUGUUUUUGUAGCCUGUAGGGUAGACCAGGCUGGGCCCACUGAUGAGUUGAGUCCCCCUCCCCCACCCCUCCUCUCCCAGCGUAGCCAGGUGGGAUGUUCCAGAUGUGUGUCCUCUUAUCACUGCUCACCCUCUCUGGCUACACCCAGGUCUCCUCGGCUAAAUCUCUGAAGCUCCUGAUGGAACAAUGGACGAGCUACAAGAACCAGUGUUCUCAGAGCAUCGUCGCCACGCCUACCGCCACAGGACUGGUGUGUAACAGGACGUUUGACCAGUAUGCCUGCUGGCCAGAUGGACUUCCUGGAACAACAGUCAAUGUUUCCUGUCCAUGGUACCUGCCCUGGUACCGCAAAGUCCAGCAGGGUGUGGUGUAUAGAGUGUGCAGUGGGGACGGACGCUGGGCCCCAAAGAACACCAGUGAGUGUGAGCAGGACGACCCAGGACAGCACUAUGGUAGCAUCCUCAGUAAGUUCCGGGCCAUGUACACAGUGGGCUACUCCCUCUCCCUCGGAGCCCUGGUACUGGCUUUGGGCAUCCUGGUAUCAUUCAGGAAGCUCCACUGUAUGAGGAACAACAUCCAUAUGAAUCUGUUUUCCUCCUUCAUCCUGCGUGCUGUCUCCAUCCUGAUUAAAGAUGUCCUGCUAGACUCCCUGUCCGUCCCCCUGGCCCCCGGGGCUGACACCCACCAUCAGACGGUUGCCGGGUGCCGUAUCGCCAUGGUGAUGAUGCAGUACAGCGUCAUCGCCAACAACUAUUGGCUGCUGGUGGAAGGCAUCUACCUGCACAGCCUCCUGGUCGUCACCGUGUUCACUGAGAGGAACUACUUCUGCAUCUACCUGUUUAUCGGCUGGGGUGAGGAGGGUGCUCCUCUGAUAUUCGUGUUGCCGUGGGUGAUCGUCAAAUACCUGUACGAGAAUGAAGAAUGCUGGGAGAGGAACAUCAACAUGGGUUACUGGUGGAUUAUACGUUCUCCCAUCCUGUUAGCUUACCUGAUGAAUUUCUUUAUCUUCAUCCGGAUUAUAAAGAUCCUGAUGUCGAAGCUCAAGGCCCAUCAGAUGAGAUACACAGAUUACAAGUUCAGGCUGGCUAAAUCCACUCUGACCCUCAUCCCUCUGCUGGGUAUUCACGCCAUCCUCUUCACCUUAGUCAUCGAUGAGUCCGUCCCCAAAGGUUCCAAGAUGCGUCUCAUCCGCCUCUUCUACGACCUCCUCUUCAACUCCUUCCAGGGUCUACUGGUGGCCAUCUUGUAUUGUUUCGUCAACAAAGAGGUCCAGUCUGAGAUGUUGAAAAAGUGGAAGAGGUGGAAGCUGGGUAAAGACAUCGAAGAAGAGUACCGUCAUACAUACAGCCACGCGCUUCACGUCAAGAGCGGCAGCAUCGUCACCGGCAACCUGGCCGGUGUCCAAGACAACGGCAGCGACCCUAAAGACUCACAGUUAGCCCCCAACCCCGACUACGACCCUGAUCCUAACCCUGCCUCAACCUCCAUCACCCCCAAUGAGAGCAGUAGAUUGGUGGGGUCCUGCCACAACAGGAUGGAUAAAACAAAGACUCAACCCUCCCUGCAGUGUCCCUCCACACCACAUGGUGGCACUAACAACUGCAGCACUCUGAUGGAGGACAUUUGUCUGGAGGAGAGGGCUCAGAGUUAUACACGCCCAGAGGAGGGCGCCGAAAGCAACUUCUGACCAACGGGGGAAGACCAUCCCCAGCCUAUGGAUAGAUUGAUUGGUUGAUUGAUAGAUUGCUAAAGUGUUCUGGUGUAGAAAGAGACAACACACCUACUGGAGGGGUCCGUUAAUGCAUUGCAGGUCCAGAUCCUAUGGAUUGAUUGAUUGAUUGAUUGAUUGAUUGAUUGGUUGGUUGGUUGAUUGAUUGAUUGGUUGAUUGGUUGAUUGAUUGGUUGAUUACAGGUCCAGAAGACUUGAUGGUCUGAAAAUAUGAAACAUUUUACUGUUUAUUUUUUGACCCCCCACUGUGUUCAGGUUGACAAGGACUACUACUAAAGGGAAACUAGCAGGCCUGCUAGCUGUGUUCAGGUUGACAAGGACUACUACUAAAGGGAAACUAGUAGGCCUGCUAGCUGUGUUCAGGUU